CGCGCAUGCGUCUAGUAAGAUGUUGCGCAACGCGUGGGGAAAUCUCGCGGGAAGUGCUGGAGUUCUGUGCUGGUUACCGGGGGCUGUGAGAGUAGGCGCGGAGUCGGGUGGGCUCCCUGUGCGAGGCGUGGGGUGUUGCUGCAGCAAUGUCCUCGAAUUCCCCUUCUGGAUUUUACCGGCAGGAGUUGAACAAGACGUUGUGGGAGGUGCCUGAGCGGUACCAGAAUCUGAGUCCCGUGGGCUCCGGGGCUUACGGCUCGGUGUGUUCGGCCUUUGAUACGAAGACAGAACAGCGUGUGGCAGUGAAAAAGCUUUCACGCCCCUUUCAGUCCAUCAUCCAUGCCAAGCGUACCUAUAGGGAACUUCGUCUUCUAAAGCACAUGAAACAUGAAAAUGUCAUUGGGCUCUUAGAUGUUUUUACUCCAUCAAAGUCCUUUGAGGAAUUCAAUGAUGUAUACCUGGUUACGCAUCUAAUGGGAGCCGACCUUAACAAUAUAGUGAAAUGCCAGAAGCUGACAGAUGAUCAUGUGCAGUUCUUGAUCUAUCAAAUCCUGAGAGGACUUAAGUACAUCCACUCAGCUGAUAUUAUCCAUAGAGACUUGAAACCCAGCAACCUUGCUGUGAAUGAAGAUUGUGAGUUGAAAAUUCUUGACUUUGGGCUGGCACGGCAUACAGAUGAAGAGAUGACUGGAUAUGUGGCUACAAGGUGGUAUCGGGCGCCGGAAAUCAUGCUAAAUUGGAUGCAUUAUAACCAGACAGUGGAUAUCUGGUCGGUGGGAUGUAUAAUGGCUGAGCUCCUGACAGGUCGAACUCUGUUUCCAGGUACAGACCAUAUUAAUCAGCUGCAGCAGAUUAUGCGCCUGACUGGAACACCUCCAUUUUAUCUGAUUAACAGGAUGCCUAGCCAUGAGGCCCGGAGUUACAUCCAGUCUCUGCCAUAUAUGCCCAAGAUGAAUUUUGAAGAUGUUUUCCUGGGCGCCAAUCCUCAAGCUGUAGACCUACUAGAAAAAAUGCUUGUUCUGGAUACGGACAAGAGGAUUACUGCAACAGAGGCUUUAGCUCAUCCCUAUUUUGCUCAGUAUCAUGAUCCAGAUGAUGAACCUGUAGCUGAGCCUUAUGACCAAAGUUUUGAGAGCCGUGAGCUGGACAUUGAAGAGUGGAAAAGUCUAACAUAUGAAGAAGUACUUUGUUUUGAGCCUCCUCCACUAGACUCAGAUGAAAUGGAAUCUUGAAGAAACUACAGUAUUCCAAAGGUGUUUUGCCGCUGUGAAGAUGAUGGUGGAGGGGUCUAUUUUCAGCUCCCAUCUAUCAUACAAGUGCCUAUCAGACUGUGGAUCUGAGUGACUUGCAUAUAUACAUCUCUAUAUAUAUUUCCUUUACUGAGGAGUUAUUUAAAUGGAACCUAACUGUGGCUGCAUGUGUCCCCCAGUUGCCUCUCACUUUUACAAGUACAGUUCUAUAUCCUUGUCCCUACACAAUGAUCUGUGCCACACAUUAUUUUGAAAGUAACCGUUAAAGAGGUUGUCUUGAUGUUCCCUCGAUGUCUCAUUUGUGGUUUCAUCUAAGGAAAGAAAAAACUUACCAAGGCAGAUAAGUGGAUGUAUAGUCUAUGGGUUGUGAGGGAUAUGUUUGUGCUGGAUACUUUUUCUGCAUCCAUAGGGGGGAGGGGGAUAUGUGUCUCAAUUACCAAAUUAACGUCACAAAUAGACCACAUUCAGCACUUUCUAAUGAUAUUUGUGCUACUAAGAGCUUUGUCUGAUGUGUCUGAAUCAGAGAAUGCAUCCAUGAAUCCGUGCCCCAGUAAUAGUGGUGUAGCUCAGUUGAGCACUUAAAAUUUUAAGAUAAAACUGUCUUCUAUUUCAGUAAUCAUUGUUGGAACACCCGUAAAAAAAAAACUUUAAAAUGCAAUAUGCUCCUAGCAAAUAUGAUUUUGACUUUGCAGAACUAAAGAGACUAUAAAACAAUUUAUAGAUAUAUUUAUGUUUACGAUAUAUACUUAAUUGUUCUGUUUCAUAUAGAUGGUAAUUUGCAUACAAUUUUGUUUGUUUUUAUUCUUAGAAUAAAUCUUUUCAUAUGAUAGUUUUGCUCUGUUCUUUCACCAGUACUGUAGGAUGAAAAUGAGAAAUUAUGAAGUGAGUUGACUAAUUGAUCAUGAUAGUUAAUGUACAAAAAAAAAAGUUUAAAGUUUCUUUUACACAAAGCAUCUCUUUCAAACAUUGUUUCAUACUGUAGUUUGUCAUUUCCUUCACUAUAUGCAGUCUAUGGAGUGUACAUAGGGCCUAAUUCAGACCUGAUCGGAGCUGUGCGUUUUCUCACAGCAGCCAAUCAUGUCUGAACUGUGCAUGUGCCGGCGCUAUAGUGCUCCGGCGCAUGCCAGACAGCCGACGGCCAUCUCAGCCCUGCGAUUGCCUCUACCUGAUUGACAGGCAAAGGCGUUCGCUGGGCAGGAGGGGGCUGGCCGGUGGUGUUUGGCCGCCGUUUCAGGGGCACGGUCCGGGCAACGCAGGCAUGCCCGGACCGCGUGGGGGGCGGCCCACGGCGGCUGCGUGACAUCACACACAGCCGCUGCGACCCUCAGCGACGAGUUGUUCCCUGCCAGCGUGCAGGAGCUGCGCUGGCAGGGAGCUACUUUUCAAGUACAAAAGCAUCGCCGCUGUGCAAUGCUUUGGUACUUGUGCGG